CGCAGCAGCUGGAGCAUGGACAACCCGCUAGCACCUCGCUGAUCGCAGAAGCCGAUGGCAUUUUAGCAUGAAGCGCGUCGACGAGCAGGACCCCAAGCGCGCGCUGGCGCUCCUCCUCCUCCUCGUGCUGGCCUCGCUUAUGACCAUGAGCGUCCUCCAGGAGACCAUGACCACCGAAGCCGGGCCGCUGCGCCACGAGCUACCGGAUGAGCUGCCCGACGAGCUGCGCCACGAGCUACCCGACGAGCUGCCCGACGAGGCUGUCUUGGUUGUGCCGUCGGCCGAGCCAGCGCCCUCGCCGGUCGACCCCGCACUCGCGUCAUCGGCGUCGUGGGUCCAGGCGACGCUCGGGCCCAAGCCAUGGCUGCCGACCGACAAGGCCGGCGACAUGUACCCCGUGGACCCAGCCGGCAAGAUCAAGUGCGUCGCGCUUCGGACAGGCCACCUCGUCGAGCACUUUAUCGACCCGACCGACUGCUACACGGAGGACGAUCGCCGUGAGAUGAUCCGCGCGCUGGUCUACACGCUCAUCGACGCCUUUGACGCGCAUGGCAUCGAGUACUGGCUCGACUCGGGCACGCUCCUCGGGUCGGUCAGGCACGGCGGCUUGAUUCCGCACGAUCUGGACGCGGACUUUGGCUUGACGCACGCGUCGUUCGAGCAGCUGCGGCGUACGAACCUGACGUUUCCAUCGCGCUACGAGCUCUUUGUCAACGACAGUCGGUUCUAUCGGCGCGGGCCGUACGCGUACCUUCCCGGGCGCUUUACCGAUACGACCAAGGGACUGUACAUUGAUUUGUUUGAGUUUUUGCCGUCGACGCGGAUCGAACCCACGACCGAUCGCGACGCCGCGACGGCGACGACCCCACAUGGCACCGACCCGUCAACAAACACCUCGACGCACCUCGAGGCAACGACAACGACGACGACGACGACGACGACGGUUGCGAUCGAAAUGCUGGGGCCCGCGGCCUCCAACUGCUGGUGGGCCUGCAAGAAUUGCCCCGAGCCAAUGCAUUUUCUUGUCCCGCGCGACGUGAUCUUUCCCCUCGUGCGCUGCAAGUUUGACGACCGAAUGGCGUGGUGCCCACGCCAGGCCACCGAGUACCUCCAAGUCCUCUACGGCAACGACUUUAUGACGCUCAAACACAGUGCGUCGUAAGCGUGGCGAUCACGAAUACGUAAGAAAUCUAGUUUUAAAUCGAGGUCGUGAG